UAAUAAUAUAUUCUACUUGGUGUAUUUUUCAGUACAUCGUGACCAGAUCUGAACGGAUUAUUGUACUGUAGUGUAGCGGACAACCCAUACUCAAUUAUCGCUAUAAAUAAGCAAAUCGGAAGAAAAAAGUUGAAUAGAUACACACGCAGUACACAUUGAGUGGGUUAAUGAUGGCAAUCCCAAUACCGAGUCGCCAGCUGUUCAUCGACGGUGAAUGGCGAGAGCCCGUCAACCGAAAACGGUUACCGAUAAUCAAUCCCGCCACGGAAGAAACCAUCGGGGAUAUACCGGCAGCUACUGCUGAAGAUGCGAAUAUUGCUGUUGAAGCUGCUCGGAAAGCACUUUUACGAAACGGGGGUAAAGAUUGGGCUUCGGCGACUGGAGCCCAUCGUGCCAAAUAUUUGCGAGCAAUUGCUGCAAAGAUUACUGAAAGGAAACCGGAACUAGCAAAACUUGAAGCAAUUGAUUGUGGGAAACCAUUGGAAGAAGCAGCUUGGGAUCUAGAUGAUGUUGCUGGAUGUUUUGAAUAUUUUGCUGAUGUUGCUGAAAGAUUGGACUCAAAGCAAAAGACUCCUGUUUCUUUACCAAUGGAAUCAUUUAAGUGCCAUGUUUUAAAAGAACCUAUUGGGGUUGUUGGUCUGAUUACACCAUGGAAUUACCCUCUGUUGAUGGCGACAUGGAAAGUUGCCCCUGCUCUGGCUGCUGGAUGUAGUGCAAUACUUAAACCAUCUGAAUUAGCAUCUGUCACUUGCUUGGAGUUGGCUGACGUGUGUAAGGAGGUGGGACUUCCACCUGGUGUUCUCAAUGUUUUGACUGGUUUGGGGCCUGAAGCUGGUGCUCCUUUGGCUUCUCAUCCUCAUGUUGACAAGAUAGCAUUUACUGGUAGUAGUGCUACAGGAGUCAAAAUUAUGACUGCUGCUGCGCAACUUGUAAAACCUGUUACGCUUGAGCUUGGUGGAAAAAGUCCAAUUGUUGUGUUUGGGGAUGUUGAUCUCGAUAAAGCUGCUGAGUGGACUCUAUUCGGUUGCUUUUGGACAAAUGGUCAGAUAUGCAGUGCUACUUCUCGACUCUUAGUGCAUGAAAGCAUUGCAGCAGCAUUCUUGGACAAGCUUGUGAAAUGGUGUGAGAACAUCAAAAUAUCAGACCCCUUGGAGGAAGGUUGCAGGCUUGGCCCUGUUGUGAGUGCUGGGCAGUAUGAGAAAGUGAUGAAGUUCAUCUCAACAGCUAAGGAGGAAGGUGCCACAAUCUUACAUGGGGGCGCUCGACCUCAGCAUUUAAAGAAAGGCUUCUAUAUUCAACCAACUAUAAUAACAGAUGUCACGACCUCCAUGCAAAUCUGGAGAGAGGAAGUCUUUGGACCAGUUCUUUGUGUUAAAACCUUUGCAACUGAAGAAGAAGCCAUUGAACUCGCAAAUGACACCCAUUAUGGUCUGGCUGCUGCUGUAUUAUCACAAGAUCUGGAAAGAUGUGAACGGCUGACUAGGGCUUUCCAAGCGGGCAUCGUCUGGGUCAAUUGCUCACAGCCAUGCUUCUCCCAAGCUCCAUGGGGAGGCAAAAAACGUAGUGGUUUCGGCCGUGAACUUGGAGAAUGGGGACUCGACAACUACUUGAAUGUGAAGCAGGUAACAGAGUAUAUUUCCAGUGACCCAUGGGGUUGGUACAAGUCUCCCUCCAAGCUAUGAAAAGUUUCCCAAUCCCAGUUCCAGCACACGCACGAACUUUGCUUCAGAAGUUUCUGAAAUGGCAGGAAUAUUCCAAUCCUGGACGACAUGUUUUUGGUCUGUCACAGUUCCUGGGAACACCAAUCAGACAGCAGAACAUCUAAAAGAACAUUCUGAAUGAAAACCCCUUUAUUCUCUUUUCAUGUAUGUGAUGAUGUGGUUGAAUUUCUUAAAGUUUCUGAAGUUGCUCUGUGCCGUUGAUUUGAACUGUGACGAGGCUCCAUCUGUAUGUAGAUGGAAGAAGGAUAAGUAGAUGUGAAACUAACGUCUUGUUGGGCUUUAGUUAGAUGACUUUCAUGUGCAUUACACUUUGGUUUAGGAGCUACAUGCAUUCACUUGUUAUGAGGUUUGGUCUAAUUGUCAGGACUGCUGGCCGGUACUUUUAAAGUUACUCGGCGUGGCGUACUUGAUCUACUAA